AUGGCGUCAUCUGGCCCCAACACCAUCAAGGUCGUUGCGAGAUUCCGACCGCAAAAUAAAGUUGAAUUGGCGUCCGGCGGAGAACCCAUCGUUGACUUUGAAAAUGAGCAAUCAUGUCAGAUCAGCUCGAGGGAGGGCAACGGGUCCUUCACCUUCGAUCGGGUGUUCCCAAUGGACUCGUACCAAACCGACAUCUUCGACUUCUCCAUCCGACCCACCGUCGACGAUAUUCUGAAUGGAUACAACGGAACCGUUUUCGCGUAUGGUCAGACCGGUGCAGGAAAGUCGUAUACCAUGAUGGGUUCGGACAUCGACGACGACAUUGGCAAGGGUAUCAUUCCGCGUAUCGUCGAGCAGAUCUUCGCCAGCAUCCUCACUAGCCCGAGCAACAUCGAGUACACCGUCCGCGUCAGCUAUAUGGAGAUUUACAUGGAACGCAUUCGCGAUCUUUUGGUUCCCCAUAACGAUAACCUGCCCGUGCACGAGGAGAAGUCGCGGGGUGUUUAUGUGAAAGGCUUGCUGGAGGUCUACGUCUCUAGCGUACAGGAGGUGUACGAGGUGAUGCGCCGUGGUGGUGCGGCCAGAGCCGUUUCCGCGACCAACAUGAACCAGGAGUCUUCUCGGUCCCAUUCGAUUUUCGUCAUCACCGUUACGCAGAAGAACCUGGAGACCGGCUCCGCCAAGAGUGGUCAGCUGUUCCUGGUCGAUUUGGCCGGUAGUGAGAAGGUCGGAAAGACGGGUGCCAGUGGCCAGACCCUGGAGGAGGCCAAGAAGAUUAACAAGAGUUUGAGUGCGCUGGGCAUGGUCAUCAACGCCCUGACCGACGGCAAAUCGUCUCACAUCCCGUACCGUGACUCGAAGUUGACCCGAAUUCUGCAGGAGAGUUUGGGAGGUAACUCGCGCACCACGCUCAUCAUCAACUGCUCGCCCAGUAGCUACAACGACGCGGAAACCAUCUCCACCCUGCGAUUCGGUGUACGUGCCAAGGCCAUCAAGAACAAGGCGAAGGUCAAUGCCGAGUUGAGUCCGGCCGAGCUGAAGGCGCUGCUGCGGAAAGCUCAGGGCCAGGUCACCAACUUCGAGACCUACAUCUCUGCUCUGGAAACCGAGGUUCAAUCGUGGCGAAGCGGUGACCAGGUGCCCAAGGACCGAUGGACGCCCGCCCGCGGAAAUGAGGUGGUCAGCGCCGCAAAGGCGGAGGCACGUGCGCCGCGGCCUGCCACUCCCUCUCGACUUCAAGAAACGCCUCGCUCCGAAACGCCGCGACCGGACUCGCGCAUCGGCGAUCGCUCCAGCACUCCCAGCAUUAUUCUCGAGAAAGAUGAACGGGAGGAGUUCCUCCGGCGGGAGAAUGACCUUCACGACCAGAUCGCCGAGAAGGAAUCGCACAUCGCCAAUGUCGAACGGGGUCUCCGUGAAGCUCGCGAGGAGCUCCGCAGUAUGAAGGAGAACUCGGCGCGCUCGGGCAAGGACAACGACAAGCUCAACACCGAGGUCAAUGAGCUCCGCAUGCAGCUUGAAAAGGUCUCGUACGAGGGCAAAGAAGCGUCCAUUACAAUGGACAGCCUUCGGGAGGCCAACUCGGAAUUGACCACGGAGCUGGACGAUGUCAAGCAGCAGCUUCUGGACGUCCGGAUGAAGGCGAAGGAGACCAGCGCGGCCCUGGACGAGAAGGAGAAGAAGAAGGCCGAUAAGAUGGCGAAGAUGAUGGCUGGUUUCGACCUGGGCGGCGACGUGUUCUCGGACAACGAGCGGAAACUGCAGGAUCUCAUCCAGCGCGUUGACUCCUUGCACAAGGUCAGCGAAACGGGCGAGACGAUUGCGCCCGACGAUCUCCUGGAGCUCCGAGCAAGCCUCAUGGAAACCCAGGGAUUCAUCCGCCAGGCCGAACUCACAAUGAACGAUCGGGGUGAACUGGGCGAGCUGCAGGACAGCCGUAGGGUGGAAGUGGAAGAGAAGUUGACCACUCUCGAGCAGGACUAUGAGAAGCUGCUGGAGCGAAACCUGGGCGAAGGGGAUGUGGAGGAGAUUAGAGAACGGUUGGAGAAGGUGUACGUGACCCGCAAGGAGACCGAGUUGCAGGCCGCCAAUGAGCUCCGGGGUGAAAUUACACGCAAGGACGAAGAGCUUGGCAAGUUGCGCCAGUCCCUUGCGGACUCGCAAUCUCGCGUGUCGACGAACGGCGCCGCCGGCAAGAACCUGCACCAGCAGAUUGCCGAGUUUGACGCGAUGAAAAAGUCCCUGAUGCGCGAUCUGCAGAACCGCUGCGAGCGUGUGGUGGAGCUGGAGAUCUCCCUGGACGAUGCACGCGAGCAGUACAACAACGUGCUCCGGUCGUCGAACAACCGGGCCCAGCAGAAGAAGAUGGCCUUCCUGGAGCGCAACCUGGAGCAACUAACCCACGUGCAGCGCCAGCUGGUCGAACAGAACAGCAGUCUGAAGAAGGAAGUGGCCAUCGCCGAGCGGAAGCUGAUUGCCAGAAACGAGCGGAUUGCGAGCUUGGAGAACCUGCUCCAGGAGAGCCAGGAGAAACUCACCCAAGCCAACCACAGGUUCGAAGCGCAACUCACUGCAGUCAAAGAGCGACUUGAAGCCGCGAAGCAGGGAUCGACCAGGGGUCUUCCAGCUAUGGAUGGCAGCGGCGGUUUCAAUUUUGGCGGCUCGAGAAUUGCAAAGCCGCUCCGUGGCGGCGGAGGAGAGACCAACACGCCCGUUGCCGGAGUCCAGUCGCAGGAGACCGGGAAACGCACCAGCUGGUUCUUUGAUCGACGAUGA